AUGGCGCAAUCGUUCUUGAAAAACUACUUGGGCUUUGGAAAGUCGGCGCCAGCGGAUGACACUGUCCCUAUCAGGGCAUUGCCGGCCUCAUGGUACACCUCCCAGGAAAUGUACGAGCUGGAAAGACGAGCGAUCUUCUCUAAAAAAUGGCUCCUGAUCACCCACAAACUGAGACUGGCCAACCCAGGGGACUGGCUACGAUAUGACGUGGCUGGCUUCCAGUUCAUUCUGUGUCAAGAUCGCGACGGGAACAUCAAUGGCUUCCACAAUGUCUGCAGGCACCGUGCUUUCCCAAUUGUGACCGAGGAGAAAGGUCACAACAACAUCUUUGCUUGCAAAUACCACGGCUGGUCGUACGGCCUCAAUGGCAAGCUCGCAAAAGCACCAGACUAUCAAGACCUACCCGGGUUCGACAAGUCAAAGAACGGUCUUCUGCCCAUCCAUAUCCAUAUCGACCACAAUGGAUUUAUUUGGGUUAACCUGGAUGGUGGUGCGAAGCCCGAAAUCGCCUGGAACGAUGAUUUCGAAGGAGUCGACAAGCAAGCCAGGUUCGAACACUAUAACUUUGAUGAAUACCAAUUUGACCACAGCUGGGAGAUGGAGGGUGACUAUAACUGGAAAAUCCUGGCCGACAAUUACAACGAGUGCUACCACUGCAAGACCACGCAUCCGGAUAUUCCCACCAUCGCGGAUCUCAGCUCCUACGGCGUCGAGACAAAGGGCGGCCAAAUUAUCCAUUACGGCAACCCAACGCCAGAACAGAUUGCUCGUGGUCUCAGGGUGGCUGCCACCUACUUUUUCCCCAAUGCAUCCUUGAACGUUUCGCCGCACUUUUUCUUCAUCCAGAGAUUCGUGCCCAGUGGUCCGGUCAAGUCAACCAUGAAAUAUGAGGUCUACAGAAACAAGAACGCUAGUGAUGAGGAUUUUGAAUUGAUUAACCAAAUCUACAAGAGGAUCAUGUCCGAAGACAAGUACCUCUGCGUCAACACUCAGAAGAACCUCAACGCGGGGGUCUUUGUCAAUGGCGAGUUGCACCCACGGAUGGAAAAGGGCCCUCUUUUCUUCCAGAAAACAGUACGCGACCUGGUGCAAGCCCACCACAAGCGAGAGACGGAUGCACACGAGGAGAUCUGGCCGGCUCGACAGACUCUGCCGAAAGCCGACUUGAACAGCCAGAAGGACGUGGCUUUCUGCUCUGCGGAGGAGAGGCUGGCACACCUGGAAGAGAAAUUAGAUCUCUUAUUAAGUGGUGGCCUGCCGACUCAUGCCACGCGUCAAGAGCAGGCACUCGAAGAAACUGCCGAUUACUCAGAGAAGUCGUACUCAGUAACUCCUCCAGCACGCGAACCCAGCUAUUCUACUAGCCAUCCUUCUUCGACCCUCGAAUUCGACACCGAAAAUGCGAAUUUACGCCCGCGCCCAUCCGACAUUGCCGUUGGGCUCGACCUGUACUUCAAGUAUUGCCACAGGCAACCGAUCUGGUGCUUCGGGCGUGACGAAGUCGGCGAUCAUGGCUCUCUACCCGAAGAACUUGCUUGCAGUAUCCUCGCGCUGACUUCCCGCUUUCCUCCAAAAUGUGAUCAGAUGCAGCGCUAUGGCAAGAACGCACGGAGUUUGAUCAUGCUUCGCAUCGCCAACGGUACCGUGGACCUUGCGACCAUCGAGAGCUUGUGUCUGCUUUCGUUCUCUUUCUUCCUAGGCAAGGAUCUCUGGCUAGACGGAAAUAUGUCACUCGGCCAAUUCCACGUCGGUCUUGCUUUCCAACUUUGUCGAUCCGCCACGCUGGACCUCGAAUCCAUCUACACCGUCGAUGACGCGACCACGGAGCGCAAGAAAAGGCUCUUUUGGAGUCUUCAAUUACUUGAGCAGUCUUUCGGCCGACAACAUGGGCUUUUGAGUGUCCCAACAGAGACGUGGCGACCAUCCUAUUCUUCAAGUGGUAGAAGUCAGGGAUCUAACAGGGAGGUCGACCAAAAGGCCCCGCCUCUACCCAGGGAUGACUUGGGAUGUUCAACGCCCACUGAGCCGGGGAUCUGGAACACAAGCGUCCAGCUGGGCUGGGUGUGGAGCCGGGUAAGAAAAUACGUGUCUAACUGUGCUCACAAUAUCUGGAAGGAACCCUGGCGGCAUGACUCGAUGUAUGCCAUGGUAACCUCUGACUUCAUGGAGACCGAGAACAGGAUACCCAUCUGCCACCGAUACGACUCGGUCAAGUUCUACGAGCGUAAAGUGGAAGAGCUGAAGGUCAACCGGGACUAUUGGGCGCCGUGGCUGAGGGAGCAGUUCACAUACCAUGUAAUCCCUACAGUCUUGAACCACCCAUUCCUCUACAUUAUCGGCGCACAACACAAUCCGAACUUGGCAAUUCCAAAUACGUUCUGGAGGAGAUCUUCCGAGCUCGCGCUGUUACACUCGACCUGGCUUGUUCGCAUGAUUGACAUGGUCUUGGACAAGCAAAUGCCACUUGUCGAUCCAUUUUUCGGACAUGUGGCGGCGAUUGCAGCUACAGUGCAUCUCUAUUAUUGUUGUGCGGCCGAUUCCAGGCUGAAACAUAAAUCAAACACGGACUUUGCAAAAUGCAGGAGGUUUCUGAAAAGCUUUGUACCCUUUUCACCGGCCUGUAAAGCUUUGGACUCUAAUCUAGACAAGAUGACACGAAUUGCUGCCGGUUCGGAGAGCAUGGAUGUUGAAGACUGGAUGCCAUCCAAAAUCUAUCUGAGUGUGCCCUUGAUGUGGGAUAUCCUCCAGUUCAAUUGUAUGGCAGACUCCCGAGAACCACCGACAACCGGCUUGCUGGAUGCUUCGCUCUCCCCGGCGGUGCCCCAGAAAUACGCAGAGGAGAGCUCAACCCUGGAGAUCAUUGUCGCCACCUCGCCUGAAAUCAGCAUCAACACUGCCGAUGGAGGGCAAGACGCCCCGAUAUUGUCCUACAGGGCUCCUGUCUCUUCAGCACAAGAGUCUGCACAGAAGAAUGUCUCCAAUGAAAUGUCUGUCGAGCAAGCAGACAGCCUUACGCUGAACACCACUCCCUGGCUGUGGGCGGAUCCUUCACAGUUCGUCGGCAUGGGAGAUAUGGGGUAUCACGACUCGCAAUCCACCAUGGGCGAUGCUAGAGUUGCGGCAUGGUGGGAGGUCGAAAACAUUGGUAACGUCAUGUUUAAUCACUUUUAG